GUAAAUUUAACAUGGGCCAAAAAACAGAUUCAGGAGAUAUCCUCACGAAAGGGUUCACAUUCAAGAAGAUUCAAACUUCUAAAAUCUACCUCCCCAUUAAUCCCAACAACCUGGUCAACCCAACCACAAUUGAUUCGCGGCCACUUGCGAGUUCAACAACGACAGCUCCAACCAUGUGGCUUAACCACCAAAAAUCUAAUUCUCCGACACCGAGAACAAGCGUCGCGCCCGCUGAUGAACUUUCCCAGAAGCAGCCAGUACGAAUCUCGGUCCCGAAAAUUACCCCUGCAUUGGACUUUUGAUGGACGUUGUGCAUCGGAUCAAGACUUCCUGGUGCUAAAGAGACACGCGGCCACUUUCUCUUCGCAGAUUAUUGCAGAAAAUACAGUCCUGAGUUUGAGUCGAGUUGUAAGUGGUGAGCGAUAAAGAUAUUAUCUUUAUUUAAUUGGGGGCCAGACGUGAGAUCAGGAACAGAUGCUGCACAAGUCUUGAGUGUCCUUUCCAUGCCAAUUCAAUCAUCAUCAUCAAAAGCCAGCCAGCCAGUCUCCUGCUGGGAGAUUGAAUUGAAUGUCAGCACUAGGCAAAGCUGACAAUGAAUACUGAACACGGCAUCAUUAAAGUUCACACUUUCAUCCGAACUCUUACGCUACGUAGUCUCAUCCCGAAGUCUGUGUUCUCUAAAUUUACCUACCUACUUAUUACCAACCAGAUCUUGAGCCUCCCCUCUAGACCUCAAUCUCCAGUAAAUUACAAGCAAUCCUCAGAGGGUAACAAUUUCAUAUGAUCGUGUGCUUGCCUGCUGUAUGUGUCAAUACAUUUUCGGCACAUCGAGCGGAUUAAUCCAAGAAAUGAGAAUGACGGUCCCGAUGCUGGUGCCCAGCCGGAACGUCGGAGGACAUGCUUGCCAUGUUGGAAGGGUGUGGGGAUACGAGAUAUAAUGCGAGUGCGAGAUAUAAGGCAGGACAGGGCAGGAUGGAAAGUGGAGUUGAGUUGAGGCUCAAGCUGAUGGAUUGACAGUCGAAUUUCUUGACAUCGUGGAAACUGAAGUAGCGGCUGAGGGCGUCAAUCCCGAAAUUUGCUUGGCAGAAGUCGUACGCUGUACUGUACAUCCACACAUAAUACCUGCCAGGAAGCAAGCAAGGCAGCCACGCAGUCUUAGUCUCAGUAUAACUCAUAAUUUAAUGUCCAAAUGACCGCAGUCAGUCCUCUCCUCCCCAGAUCCGAAAACUAUCCAACCAUCCAUCACUUUCACAGCCGCCAUCCCCCCCCCCAAAAGAUCGCAUCCAUCCGCGUGUACCAAGCUUUCCAGCCACAGGAGAUCAAACGCUCAAUCUCAAACAGCGCAUGGAUACUCCCCUAACUAUCCUGAAAGAUGCGCAGUUUAUGCGUGUGAUAUAUACCUCCGUAUGUUACUCGAGUAAGUUCAAGUUGGAAAAGGAUGACGAGGUUGUGGGGUUUAUGAGUGAGGCUGACGGGAUGGCUGCUGAGUUGCUGAAGUGGAUAUCGCAGGAAAGUACAGGACCUUGUUGGUGCCUCAACUCUCAGGCUUGAAGUUUUUUGAGAUGAGUGAGCCGAGACCGAGGCAGCGGCAUUGCGGAAGCGAGGACCGGACUUGAGGCUCCUCGCCGGCAUCUAAAGUAUCAAUCAACCAUACACAGUCAUUCCAAAACAUUGCAUCUUAUUGAUGUCGAAGAUGUCAAGAUUCUGAAUUGGACUUGUGAAGGGUAUAGGAUUGGAAGGAACCGACAUAUCAGAGCAAAGGAUCUGGCAUAAUGGCGGAAGAUGCGGAGGCAUCACGUGCGAAGGCUAUGAAGGCUGUGGAGGCUAUCUUUGAGCGGUACGUUGGCUGUUUACUGCGUUAUAUUUUCAUUUUUCACUUGUGCAAUAGUCUUUUUAACUUGUACUAACAAGAUCUGAUAUCUUUGAAUACCUUCUUCGACUUUCCAUUCAUCCAAACCCUGUCAUGACUUCACUCCCUUUCCUCGCUUCCAGACCACCCUAUCUCGCUUCUAUCCCCUUUGUCAAUUCAACAUCUCAAAAUAGAUCCAUUUUCUAGCGUCAAUAUGCAUCAUCACAUCAAAAAUGACAGAGUCAACCAGCUAAUGCAAUUCUAGAUACCUCCUCAUAGCCAAAGCCACCGAUUUCACCGGCUUCGAUAGACACAUCAUGGAGAACGUCAAGCUGAUAGACGCUUCCGCCGAGGGAACCGUGACGUUCGAAUUUCAUAUCGAUGAGAGGUAUUCGAAUGUCAAUGGUGUCAUGCAUGGUGGAGCAGCAGGCGUGAUCUUUGAUAUGUGCACGACGACCGCUUUAGGUCCACUUGCUAAACCUGGGUUCUGGGAUUUCCUCGGUGGUGUAACAAGAACCUUGAACAUCAGCUACUUACGAGCUAUUCCAGUCGACACCACAAUCCGCAUCCACAGCCGCGUCCUCCAAGUCGGCAAAACCAUGGCCAUGAUCCGCAGCACCAUGACCACGCAAGACGGCAAAACAGUCCUCUGUACAUGCGAGCACCAUAAAGUGGGCUUGCCUAGUCGGCCGGAUCAUCUGAAGCAUCGGAUUCCGUGGGAUGAGCUUUGGGAGAAGGAUGGGGAGGGGGAGGGGAAGGGGAAGGGGGCGAAAUUAUGA